UUAGGAAUAGCUGUAAUGGAUAGAAGAGAGAAGGGGCAGGAAGUAGAGGGGGUGGAGAGGCAGGUGGUGGGAGAGAGGGUGGCAAAGCAGUUGGCUGAUAUCAACACUAUAAACUGGAUGAGGAAGAGGGCUGCUGGAAAAGCACAGAUUCAGUACCUAAACAACUCCUCACAACUAGAAGAGCACCAAGCUAUAGUAAGAGUGUUUGAGAAAUUUGAUGUUGACGGGGACGGGGUCCUCGAAGCCAAAGAAUUAAGAGGCAUGUUUGAGAAGAACAACAUAGAUAUCUCGAAGAAACAACUCAUGACUCUUUUUGCAAUCGUUGAUGAAGACAAAUCUGGAACACUGGAUAUCAACGAGUUCAAGGACUUUGCUCUCUCACAUGAAGCUAACAAGCACUUUAGAGAUAUGAUUAAUGAGCUCAGGCACCGAGAGACUUAUAAGCAUAUAGAAAACAGAGCCAGAUUUCUCCCAUUCAACUUUUCGACCCUUUUAAAUUUUCUAUCAGAUGAAGCUAGGAAGGAAAAUCUCAGAGAUCAGAUAGACCCGAAGGAUAACAUGAAAGCGCAGGAGAAGAACUAUUCAGCUAUUGAAGUACAGGAAGACCUCAAACGCUUCGUCGAACUGUUCAAAUCAGAGUAUAACAACCAAACUGCAAAAGCAAGUGACCCUCUUGGCAGACAGAUUAAUACUGCUCUAGAGCUACGCCGUUCGAAGGAGAAACUUGAAGAGGAGAUCUUUAAAGAUCCACUCAAGAUGGACAAGAACUCAAAAUCACAAGUCAGCGGUUUGGACAUUGCCAAGCUGAAGGUUUCUGCCAUGCGGAGGUCUACUAUCCGGAAGCGUGAUAAUUCAUUUAAAAUGGAUAAAGCCGGAAACCGCAAAACCCAAAGAUUUAUAAAAGAUAUCAACGAACUUGACAUUUCAAAAUUCGAAGACCAGAGUGACACUGAAUACUCACUCAGUGUAGAAAUUGAAAGAAAAGGCAAAGGUAUCAGUAAGGGAUACGAAAUGAACAACAUAAAUUCAAAAACUCAGAAGAAAGUACACAAUAUCAUCAAGCAAGCUAUUCAAAAUUGAGAGACGAUUUCUAAAAAUAGGAUUAAGAACGCUAAACGGCAACCAAAGGUCAGUGAUCUGUACUCCAGUGAAAAAUAUGGCACUUCAGAGUCCUUAUACUCUCAAAGAAACUUGAAACAAUCUCCAAAUGAUUCUAAAGCUCAUCGCUUGGUUAUUAAGAAUAAGCCAAGACUCAGGAAGAUAUUUUAUAAAAAGAGAAAGAAUAAGCCCCAAUUGAGGCUGAAGAGUCCAACUGAUCUGAACCGUAUGAGUCCUUCAUAUAGCACGAAAAGUGAAUUUUAUAACAGUCAGACGCCAAAUGUGAUGAAUUUCCCCAAGUUUUCACCUCAGUGCCAAGGAAAGGACUGAGACAAACAGAUUUGGUCCCAGAUGCAGAAGAACAGUGUGCAAAGUACUCAUGUAUCUCCUAUCCAGCAAAGAGAUAGCCGCCUACAGUCCACUUCAACAGUAGAGGUGACUAAUUUCAAGCCUUAUAGCAUGUAUAGUGCCCAAUCAGGGUCUUCAAUAAAGGAUAAGGGAGGGAGAUCUGCUCCAAAGAUCAGAACCACUGUUAGGACUCCGUAUCAGAUUUAUAAACUUUCAAAGAAUAAGAACAAAAAGAGACCUGUUUUCCAGAACAAGUUUAUACCCAGGAGCGCCGAGAAGCUCCAAGCAUCUCGGAAAUCAGCAAGUGUGGGUCAAUUCCAGUCCCCAAUGAAGGAUUAUGAGCUGGAUCCCAACCUGAAUUUGGAUAAAAUAGAGCAAGAGCCUUGGAAAAAGUUCAUCAAUAUUCUAGGUGAGAUAAAUCCUGAGCUGAAGGAAAAGACCUUGAUGAACUACAAGAAGCUCAAUCAUAUCAGAGCCAAUAUGACUGGGAGUGGCUUUAGAAGAAAUCUUAUGACUACGAACUCUGAGACUGUUGAUGCUAACAAGUUACAGUAAUUUAGAUUUGCCCAAAGUUCAAUGUG